AUUUGAAGCACUCAGCAGAAACCCGAAGACUGUUGCACGGGAGCCUGAAUAGAAUUAUAAAUUCCUUUGCAUUGUGUUGAUGUGGCAAGUCACAAUUAGCUUUUUGAAAGUCCUAUAUCUUGAAAGCUUUAUUUCUGAAAUGCAAAACAUUUUGGCACUAAAUCAACAGUGGACUAAUAGUUUUUGAGUGGAUUUUUCCUUUAAGAGCUGUGCCUGCCUGUGAGUGAGCCUAUGGCAGGCCCAGUCAGGAUGCAUAAACGUUGACAACUUUUCAGCAAUUUGACCUAGCUCUUGCAACAUUACUGAAUUUGCUUCUCCCAUCUGGCUCUCCAGUCACUGAGCGCUAACACAUAGGAAGGAGUGGCAUCCUGCCUCUCCAAGGGGACCUGGCUGAUUUGACCUCCAGGAGCCACAUUGCCUUCUCAGCCGUCCCGCUAUGGUUUGUCUUGUUUUAUUGGUUGGGGAGUGUUAUGAGUUGCUCAGAAAAGCCUAAACCAGGCCUUUCACGCCUGGCCACAUCCCCUGACUCUGUGGAGGCAUCCCACCUCGUUUCCAUGUCAUCGCCCCUUGUCUCCCCAUCCCAGUCACGGCUCAAGUACAUGUCCCUGGGUGUGCUGGUGCUGCAGACCACCUCACUGGUGCUUACCAUGAGGUACUCGCGCACACUGCAAGGCGAGGGGCCCCGCUACCUAGCCUCCUCAGCCGUGGUGUUGGCCGAACUGCUUAAGAUCCUCAUCUGCCUGCUGCUCAUCUUCUAUGACCACAACUUCAGUUUUCUUGUGUUGAAUCGGGUGCUGAAGGAAGAGAUUCUCAACAAGCCCAUGGAGACGUUGAAGCUGGCCAUCCCAUCAGGCAUCUACACACUCCAGAAUAACCUUCUCUAUGUCGCCCUGUCCAACCUGGACGCUGCUACCUACCAGGUGACGUACCAGCUGAAAAUCCUGACCACUGCCCUGUUCUCAGUAUCCAUGCUGGGGAAGAGACUGGGGCUCUACCAGUGGCUGUCCCUGCUCAUCCUCAUGACUGGUAUCACUCUCGUUCAGUGGCCUUCAGAGUCUCUGGAUGGGCCAGCUCCGACGCCUCUGUCUGCAGGCUCCCAGUUAGUUGGUGUGAUAGCCGUACUGAUAGCCUGCUUCUCCAGUGGCUUCGCUGGAGUCUACUUUGAGAAGAUCCUCAAAGGGACCACACAGAGUGUGUGGGUCCGCAACAUCCAGCUAGGUUUGUUUGGCCUGGUGUUUGGUCUAAUGGGAGUGUUUGUGUACGACGGAGAGAGAGUGAGGGAGUCCGGAGUGUUCCAAGGCUACAACCCACUCACCUGGACUGUUGUGGCCCUGCAGGCUCUGGGUGGGUUGGUCAUAGCAGCAGUCAUUAAGUAUGCAGACAACAUCCUGAAGGGGUUUGCCACCUCACUCUCCAUCAUCCUGUCAACACUCAUAUCCUACUUCUGGUUGGUGGACUUCGACCCGACCAGUGUGUUCUUCCUAGGAGCAGUGCUGGUCCUUGCUGCCACCUUCCUGUAUGGCUAUGAGGCUGAGGCCACAGCAGAGUCUAGAUUGGAGACCCACCACCAGCCAUAGCACAGUUUAGAUUGGAGACCCACCACCUGCCAUAGCAGAGUUUAGAUUGGAGAACCACCACCUGCCAUAGCAGAGUCUAGAUUGGAGACCCACCACCAGCCAUAGCAGAGUCUAGAUUGGAGACCCACCACCAGCCAUAGCAGAGUCUAGAUUGGAGACCCGCCACCUGCCAUAGCAGAGUUUAGAUUGGAGACCCGCCACCAGCCAUAGCAGAGUUUAGAUUGGAGACCCACCACCAGCCAUAGCAGAGUUUAGAUUGGAGACACACCACCUGCCAUAGCAGAGUUUAGAUUGGAGACCCACCACCUGCCAUAGCAGAGUCUAGAUUGGAGAACCACCACCAGCCAUAGCAGAGUUUAGAUUGGAGAACCACCACCUGCCAUAGCAGAGUUUAGAUUGGAGAACCACCACCUGCCAUAGCAGAGUCUAGAUUGGAGAACCACCACCAGCCAUAGCAGAGUUUAGAUUGGAGAACCACCACCUGCCAUAGCAGAGUUUAGAUUGGAGAACCACCACCUGCCAUAGCAGAGUUUAGAUUGGAGAACCACCACCAGCCAUAGCAGAGUUUAGAUUGGAGAACCACCACCAGCCAUAGCAGAGUUUAGAUUGGAGAACCACCACCAGCCAUAGCAGAGUUUAGAUUGGAGAACCACCACCAGCCAUAGCAGAGUCUAGAUUGGAGACCCACCACCAGACAUAGCAGAGUUUAGAGUGGAGAACCACCACCCGCCAUAGCAGAGUUUAGAGUGGAGAACCACCACCUGCCAUAGCAGAGUUUAGAGUGGAGAACCACCACCUGCCAUAGCAGAGUUUAGAUUGGAGAACCACCACCUGCCAUAGCAGAGUUUAGAUUGGAGAACCACCACCUGCCAUAGCAGAUUUUAGAUUGGAGAACCACCACCUGCCAUAGCAGAUUUUAGAUUGGAGAACCACCACCUGCCAUAGCAGAGUUUAGAUUGGAGACCCGCCACCACAGCCCUUGAACCACAAAGAAGAGACACACAGGGAAAUAUGGCAAGAUGGAGGGAGGAAUAGGUUGCUGAGGAGGACGAGCAGUUAACACUCGCAUGCAUUUCACACACACACACACACACACACACACACACACACACACACACACACACACACACACACACACACACACACACACACACACACACACACACACACACACACACACACACACACACACACACACACACACACACACACACACACACACACACAGGCCCAUUCAUCGAGCUGAAGCUGUUAUGAUGCCUAUGAAGGGUUAUGCUCACCUUUGAUCUCUCACCUCCUUUCAUCUCAGGGGUGAUCAUGGAAUCAUGGGAAAACAGGGACGUUACAGGUAUCAACCAAAAUGUUUGGAUGUUAGUUUGAGAUAAAUAUUCAAUUUGUAUAUAUUUGAUCAUGUUUUUAUGUAUUUUGGGAAUAAGGGAGUAGGGGAAAGGCAGUUUGUAGUAUGAAUGUAUUUUAUGGGUACUGAUGGUCAAUAAGACCAAGGGCAUUCAAAUGAAUUGAAUGCCUCACACGUUACAAAGCCCCUCCUCAUUUGUCUUUGAGUGACACCUCCACCUAGUGGGAGUUUUGGGCCAUAGCACAUUUACUGCAGAGGGGAGGGGUUGAGACGAAUGAGUAGAGAUGCUGGAUGUCUUUUUAUUGGGGACAAGGAGGAAAAGGAUUAAAGGAGGGAAUGCUUUGAACUUUCUGCUCAUUUCCGGACAUUCAGAUCCAGUUGCUGAUGUUUGUGUGCAAAAAUUGCCUUUCAUGCAACAACAGAAAUUAAUAAUUAAAGUGAUCAAAUGUGAAA